AUGAUCUUCGAUGAGAUCUUUGUGGUCACCUCAACUCGAGUCCUUCUAUCAAUGUCCCGUUUCCAAAGUCCUUCACAUCAUUAUUUUGGUUUUCCUCACCAAGUGCAAAAGUCCAAGGAUCAUCCCAACAAUACCACUAAAGUCGAUCUACUCCUCCCACCAACCCGAAUACUGAUCUAUUUCCAUCAAUUCUACUGUCGAUCUGUUGUCCUGGAGCUCAUGUCUCUGUGUUCUUGCUUCCGCUUCAUGUGCUCUGCCGACUUGAACCGAACCCGUACUCUAGCGAAUAUUACAAUCGCAGCUGAAAUUGUAGAUCGAGCUACCCAAUCAGCGCUGCUUGAGCUGCCCGGUAUCGGUAGACCCUGGCGUAGUGAUACUUGCAAGCAGCGGGCAGCGUCUAAGUUUCGUUCACGGCCAAACAAUUUUGGUCGCUGUAUCCUUUGCAACAGAAGAGAUCACCAAAGCGCGACCGUAGCGUGCUACACAGACCCAGAUCCGGCAUCGUUAAUCACCGUACAUCGCAUUCUAACCAAAACCCCCUCGGCCGUUCACUUUUACGUACCUGUACGAUUCUUGCACUCAUGCAUACACGUGACAAUGGCCAAUCUGAAGACGUACAUCGAUUGUCAAAGAAAGUCUCCGAGCACGACUUCAACUUAUUUGAACUUCUACAAAAUACUUACUCAUAAAAAUGCCACCGGCAUCAAAGCAUAUCUUCAAGCCCAUUACUGUCUCUUUCGAGACUGCAGUUACAAAGAGCAACGAAAAGAGAAAGGAGAGCUUCACGAACCCAGCCAGAGGAUGCAUUGGUGGGCUAAAAUGGUAAUUGGCGCUUCCGCAUCACCUCCACUCACCCCGAUGUGCGCUCUUGGCCUGAUCUACAUGCAUGGGUAUGGACUGGGGUGGAAGAGGCCAAAAUUAUUCAACUGUUACAGGGUGCUCAUUUUGCCCCACCAGAGAAGCAACAUGCCAUGGAACCAGCACUUUCAUUCACGAAAUACAUCUGUAUUGAAGCCAUCUAUACUUUCCAAAGCAAUUGUAUUAGAGAUUCCUCUUCACGUCCCCCCAUCUGCAUAUUAG